AUGUCUCCCCUCAAAACAAUAUUCUUUGUAGCACUAACCAUAGGAACUUUGGCAACCUCUCCUUCCUCGGCUAGCCAAUUUCAUGGCAAUGAGGAGGUGGGGAAGAAUCAUGAUGAGGAAGAAGCAAUGCGGGAGAUGCACAUCAAGUGGAUGAAGGAACACGGGAGAGUGCACAACACCCUAGAGGAGAGGGAGAUGCGCUACCAAAAUUUCAAGGCUACAGCUAAGUUCAUUGAGGCUUCCAACAAAGACACAAGCAAGACAUACACCUCUGGCCAAAAUUUCAAGGCUACAGCUAAGUUCAUUGAGGCUUCCAACAAAGACACAAGCAAGACAUACACCUCUGGAUUCAACGCUCUAUCGGACCUCACGGACGAUGAGUUUCAGAGACUGGCUACUUGCGCAGGUGGAAGAGUGGCCCCCCACUCGUCUCCAACCAACGACGCCAUCUACAUUGACGAUGCUGGACUUGAGGAUGUGCGAGAAUACGUGGAUUGGGUGGAUGCUGGGGCUGUGACCUCGGUGAAGGAUCAGGGCCUUUGUGGGUCCUGCUGGGCAUUUAGUGCAGUAGGAGCCGUGGAAGGGCUGAACAAAAUCAAGACCGACGACUUAGUCGACCUUUCAGUUCAGCAACUCAUCGACUGUGACACUCAUGGGUACAAUAAGGGCUGCAGUGGUGGCUAUAUAGACAAAGCCAUGAAGUACAUGUCUGACAUCCAACAAAGCAUUGAUACGGAAGAGGAAUACCCGUACAAGGGCGUACAGUCACCGAUCUGUUUAGCGAAGCCAGAAGGCGACUACAGCGACAUUAUAACUGUUACCGGUUAUGCCUUUGUCUCUCCCAAUGAAGCCUCCUUGGCUAUAGAAGUUUCCCGGCAGCCCGUUUCUGCUCUGGUGGAUUUUCAUGACCCUGAAUUUAAAACUUACAGAACUGGUGUGUACGAUGGGCACUGUGGCCAGAACACAACACAUGCCGUCCUUGUCGUCGGAUAUGGCGGUGAUGUUUUUAUCGGACAAGAGUCACUAGGUUUGCGCGACGCAACCUUCGUCGCGCAUUAA